AUGCGUGGCGCCACACACCAAUUGAGAAGGCUUUCGGUGCGGCCAAAUGCGCUAUGCACGCGCUGUGCCAAAUCUCUAUGCACGCCCACCACCCGCUCAAUCACCACAUCUGCGCCCUCUCAGGCGACACUAGCUUCUAUAAGCACUCCGAAAUCCGGAUAUGUGCCCGUCAAGCCUUUUGAAGAGCAGUCUGUGCUGGCGACCAUCCACCGAUUCCCCUCCCUCGAACCGCUCCGAUUCGAACAAUACCCUGCAAACCAUCUCUACCUACCCACCCGACGAGACAUAUUACACCGCGCGGUCGUUUACGAGGGCGAUAGUACACGGUUAGGUACGGCUUCUACCAAGACUAGGUAUGAAGUCAGAGGUUCCCGCAGGAAGGUUAGACCGCAAAAGGGAACAGGUCGCGCUCGCCUGGGAGACAAGAAGUCGCCCAUGCUGAGGGGUGGAGGUGUCGCAUUUGGUCCCAAGCCUCGCGACUUCGCAACUGAGUUGCCCAAGAAGAUCUACGACCUCGCAUGGCGGACGGCACUGUCAUACCGGUUCCGAAAAGGCGAGCUGAUCAUUGUGGACAACGCAAUGGAGAUUGAGAGCCCGUCUGUGAGGUUACUAGGUGACACCCUAAAGUACCACGAGAAAUUGCUGGGCAGGGGCAGGAGCUUGAUGGUAACACUGGAAGAGCGACCUAUGUUAGAGCAAGCAUUAGCGGAGAUGGAUCGCGGCGAGCAAACACUCACAUGGGAAGAAAUCGACGUCAAGAACCUUCUCGAGCUGUCCCGCGUCAUCAUCGAGCGCGACGCCCUGCACAACAUACUCCUCUCCCACGAGGAAGACCUCACACACAAGGCUCUCCAGCCCUGGCACAAGAGCCUCAUCCGAUCAUCGCCACCCACAGAGCUCGAAUCGACCAUCGGCUGGGAAGAAUUCCGUGAACUCUCCCUUUCCGACCCUAAGGAAAAGGAUACCAUCCGCGCCGAUAUCUACGAGAACGUAGCAGGAACCCGCUACGCCUACGCCGAGUCCCUCCCCCAAGGACCCAAGCGCAACGAGCUUACCGUGUCCGCCUACAACCUCCUUGCCGAAGCCAAAGAACUGCAAUUCGCUGAAAGGACCGGCCACUCUUUCGCCGACUACCUCAACGACGCCAACACUGAAUCCUUCCCUCGUCUGCAGAUGUUGACCUACCAAAUCAACACAAAACAAGACCUCGCCGGGCCCGGCGGGACUCUGGAAACCUCGCCCGUAAAGUCUGAAGAACUCAUGAUCGAGGUCCGUGAACUCGAAGUGCAGAAACAUGAGGUAGAGUACGAGGCCGCACUGCUCGCGGCCCAGAUCCACGAGCACCGCUCCGCAGCCUUGCGUCUAGCCGGUAACGAAGCGAGCGCGGAUGAGCAGCUUGAACUAGCCAGUGACCAGAGAACUUAUGUCUCGGACGCUGAGCUGCUGAUUUUGGAGGCUAAGCUUGAAGUAGCCAGGCAAAAGAACACUGUCGCUUCGCUUAAGCGCGAUGUUGCUGGCCAGAAGAAAGCAAGGGAAGAGAUGAGGGUGUGUGAGCAGGUGCUCGAGGCUAAGAGGGCGGAGGUAGAUACCGAGGCUGCGGAGCUCGAGGCUGUUGAGGAUGAGAUUCCAGAGGUUGAUGUUCCAACUGAGGUUGAGACGAAGACUGAGCCGGUCAAGGAGGAGAAGAGGAUAUGA